AUGACAGAUCAGAGAUCCUCCUUUCGUCUUCGGGUCCCUCGCCUGAGGCCCUCGAUACCACCACGCUCCACCACCGCCACCAGCACCACCACUACCACCACCCAAACCCCCAAAAGAACACGACCUAUUCGACAACCGCCACAACAAUCACCACCACCAAUUCAACCUCAGGGCACAUCCCCUGCUCCACCACCACAACCACCACCACCGAUUCAACCUCACGGCACACUCCCUUCUCCACCACCAGAACCACCGGUUGUACCAUCAUCGGUGUCACCAAAACCACCUGUGGAACCAUCAACAACACCACCAGAAUCACCGGUUCAACCAUCAUCAGUGUCACCAAAACCACCUAUGGAACCAUCAACAGCACCACCAGAACCACCAGCUGAACCAUCAGCAACAGCACCAAAACCGCCACAAACUCCACCGCCUCUGCCACCACAUUCAUCUUCAGAAUCCAGAAAAACCGAAUCACAUCCGUCUUCACCAUCACCAACAGCCAUUCAAUCACGUGCUUCUUCACCACCACUGUCGCCAUCUCAUAUCUCCACUCAACCCCAUAUCUCCGCCAAGCCACCAUCACCCUCCACCUCGUCUCCGCCUUCAUCUCCACCUGCAAAAAAGAUCUCAUCUUUACCAUCUUUUCCUGUUGUAACUGCGACAAAAGAAGAACUACCACCUGUUAUUACACUUGCCGGUGAUAACAAAGGGACGUCCAUGUGUAUAGGUUAUGUUGCACCCAAACGGGAAAGGGGAAUCCACAUCCGCAGAAUGUAUAAGGUCAAUCCCGAUGAAAUUGCAGAUACAACGAGUACUGAUGGUGAAGAAAGCUCCAAGGAGAACGAAAUGGAAAACGAUUCGUACAUUAAUUGCAAUAUUCAGGGGAUUAAUAACUCAAUGCUGUUCAAUUGCUCUAUUACUGAAAGGAACCCUGGUGUUCAUCUCGCUUCCAUUUGUGACCCGGAUAAUGUAAAAAAACGAAAGAGGAAGAAGAUGAACAAGGUCAAAGUCAACAUUCCCCAAUCGCAGAGUUCCACAAUCCGAAAGAGAUGCCUUAGAGGUCUUUUCAUGGAGUCAAGUGAUUCUGAAUCAAACGAUCCCCAGAAGCCUAGGCGACAUGGUUGUCGGCACGUCUGCGGGGAGAAGAGUAACACAGAUCACAGAUGA